GGGUUAUGAUAUUUAAACUAUUACUUUUCUUUUUAUAUGGUCGAUGUGGGAUUCAACAACGGAGAACAUGCCUUCGGUGUUGCUCAUAUUUUUGCCUCAUUUAAUGAUACCUUCAUUCAUGUGACUGACUUGUCCGGUAGGGAGACUCUUGUGCGCAUCACCGGUGGUAUGAAGGUGAAAGCUGAUAGGGAUGAAUCAUCGCCUUAUGCAGCUAUGCUUGCCGCUCAGGAUGUUUCUCAACGCUGCAAGGAGCUUGGCAUUACUGCUCUACAUAUAAAGCUCCGGGCUACUGGAGGGAACAAGACCAAGACUCCUGGUCCAGGCACCCAAUCAGCACUCAGAGCCCUUGCUCGUUCUGGCAUGAGAAUUGGUCGCAUUGAGGAUGCGACUCCAAUUCCCACCGACAGCACUCGUAGAAAGGGUGGUAGAAGGGGAAGAAGGUUGUGAUUUCUUACUCGCCUUCAAUUGUGUGGUUUUCUGCUGCUGCGGUGGUUUGGGAGAUAUUAUGAUUUUGGAUCAAAAUUUUAUCAUCAGCCAUUCCAUCAACCCAGACGUAGUUUUGAACCUCGUAGAAAGGUGUAGGGAUGUUUCGCCUUUCCAAUUAGUUGGAGAGUAAGAUCUUGAAUAUGGGUAACUUCGCUUGUUUUGCCUACAGAGUCAAGGUUGAAUACACACACACACACACACACUUGCAUAUGAGAAGUGAUGCAAAGGUCAUCCCUACGUUUGUGUGCCUAUUUUUUUUUUGGAGUGUGCUAUCCACACAUCCCUUUUUACUUCUCACACA